CAGUAGCUAACUGCUCCUCGUACCAUAAGGAGGCCCUCGCGCUUUUCUUUAUUUCACCCCAACAGGAUGGAGUCCAUAGGCGCGCGUGGUAUGUCUGUUUGAUCUUUCCAAAGGAAGAAAAUUGUGGUCGCACAAUAGGAAGAAAGAAUGGCGAACACGGCCCACCUCGUUCGCCGGCAAAGCUCGCGUGACUUAAAACCCCAGAAAAGUGUCGACAAACUAGAAAUGAAGGAAAUGAGAGGAAGGUUAGUGGUGGACAAUAGAAAGACUAACACCACUGCCAAUUACGGGGCCACGAACGCUGCCUUUGAGGACUCCAGUCCUAAUACGAAGAACAAAACGGGAAACGGGGGCGGGGGUAGUAAGCUUGAGAGUAACGAAGGAAAAGCGAUUUUUCGGCCAGAAGCAGGGGAGGAUGAAAGAGAAAAUUGGGACAGUAAGCUUACUUUUCUAUUAGCAACCGUGGGGUAUGCUGUGGGUCUCGGGAACGUGUGGAGAUUUCCAUAUCUCGCUCAAAAAAAUGGUGGAGGUGCAUUUUUAAUCCCUUACUUUGUAAUGUUGGCUAUCGAGGGUAUUCCUAUAUUUUAUCUGGAGUUGGCAAUUGGCCAGAGACUACGGAAGGGUGCUAUAGGCGUAUGGAAUCAGGUUUCUCCAUAUAUGGGUGGUAUUGGUGUAAGCAGUGCCGUGGUUUCAUUCAAUGUAGCUCUGUACUACAACACUAUUAUCGCUUGGUGCCUCUUCUACUUCGUUCAAAGUUUCCAGUCACAGUUACCAUGGGCAGAGUGUCCUAACGUAUAUUUUCAAAAUGGAUCGUAUGCACCUGAACCAGAGUGUGUGGUUAGCAGUCCCACUCAGUACUUCUGGUAUCGAACAACUUUGAUGAUUUCUGAAGACAUUAAUACCCCAGAGAUAUUUAAUUGGAAGAUUGCUCUGGCACUGGUGAUUGCUUGGAUUCUCGUCUACAUGUGCAUGAUCAAAGGAAUCGCGUCUUCAGGGAAGGUCGUGUACGUAACCGCCACAUUUCCGUAUAUCGUUCUCAUUAUUUUCUUCUUUCGUGGCGUCACACUGACAGGAAUGUCUGAUGGUCUACGACAUCUUUUUACGCCAAAGUGGUGGAAAUUAACCGACCCAGUGGUCUGGUUGGAAGCAGGAACACAGAUAUUCUUUUCCCUCGGUUUGGCAUUCGGUGGUUUAAUAGCGUUUUCUUCUUACAAUCCUGUAAACAACAAUUGUUACCGAGACGCUAUUAUGGUCAGUUUAACCAACUGUUUCACUUCGAUGUUUGCAGGAAUUGUUGUGUUUUCUAUUAUCGGUUUCAAAGCUACCAUGGUUUAUGAACAUUGUUUAUCGGAGAGAAACAACACGCUCAUCAGCAUUUUUGGCCAAAUAGAUAAAAUACCAGAUGAAAUACCAGCGAGCGGUACACUUUUGAAUAUUACCACAGGAAAUGGAACAUUGGAUAACUUAAUCAUGCCAGAACUACCGGAAUGCGAUCUUGAAAAAGAGUUGGACAAUUCAGCGUCAGGCACAGGUUUAGCGUUUAUCAUCUUCACGGAAGCGAUAAAUCAAUUUCCUGGUGCUCAAUUCUGGUCCAUACUAUUUUUCCUUAUGCUAUUCACCCUUGGAAUUGACUCUCAAUUUGGUACACUCGAGGGAGUUGUUACAAGUAUCGUAGACAUGAAGCUAUUCCCAAAUUUGCGAAAGGAAAUCCUCACAGGUGGCAUUUGCUUGGUUUGUUGCGUGAUCUCAAUGGCCUUCGCUCACGGUGCUGGUAGCUACGUUUUUUUACUAUUUGAUAACUUCAGUGGAAACUUUCCUCUGCUAAUCAUCGCUUUCUUUGAAUGUAUCGCGGUAUCGUACGUUUAUGGUCUAAAAAGAUUCGCCGAUGAUAUCGAGCUAAUGACUGGCAACCGUCCAGGCCUUUAUUGGCUAAUCUGUUGGAAAUACCUCAGCCCGAUGGCUAUGUUGAGCAUUUUAAUUGCCUCGAUCGUGGAAAUCAUUGUCGAUGGAAGUGGUUAUCCAGCUUGGGUUGCCAGCAAAGGUAUUACAGAGAAACACGAGUGGCCGGUUUGGGCUUUGGUUCUCAUCGGUAUACUCAUUCUUGCCUCUGUUCUUUGGAUUCCUACGGUUGCUAUUUGCAGACUAUUCGGAAUACUUAUAAUCGAGGAUAACGAGAAAGCGUGGUUUCCCGCGGCCGAUUUGAAAGAGUUUCACGGGAUCGUACCACACGAAGUUACACCAGCUGAAACAUUAUUAUUCUGUAUAAGAAGCGAUGGAUCAGAGGGGCUCUGUUGCCCGACCGGUGGUCCUAGCGAUGACGAUGAGGAUCUUACCUAG